AUGGAUAACUUGGUAUACGAGCUAGAUCCGAAAGGUGACAUUUUCCUCAUUCUGGAUAACGUGUCUAAGGAUUUUCCCUACAACCUACGAGAUAUUACCACUGUGGCGGGGUGGCCGGAUGGACUCAGUAACCCCCCAGCUCCAACAAGCGAUUGGAAUAAAACCAUCAAGCAAGAAGAUGAUGGAAGCUCAGGCGACGCUGUUGAUUCAGCCAAGACCCCUAAGUCUCCCCCACAGCGCCGUCUACAGAUUCGUGCAUCGUCAAAACAUCUGACAUUGGCCUGCCCACAAUUCCAACGUACGCUACAAAACGGAUUUCAGGAGGGAACCGAGCUCAGGGCCACCGGCUGUCUAAAGUUCCCUGUGCGAGAUUGGGAGGCAGUACCCUUCUUGGUCCUGAUGUUAAUCAUCCAUCAUCGAACACGACUGGUGCCUCGGGAGGUGUCCUUAGACAGGCUGGUGGAGAUCGCGCAGUUGGUCGAUUACUAUGAGUGUCAUGAGGCAGUGGAACCGUUCUCGAAUUCAUGGCUCAUUCAUCUGAAGAUCAGAUCUUUGAGCCCCCCUCAUUAUAUCCCUUCAUCGGAUGAUGAGGCCAGGAAAUGGAUUUCUAUAUCUUGGGUAUUUAACGAGGCCAACGCAUUCCAAGAAUCCUCCAAGUACUUAGAGUCCAAGAGCACAAGCACGAUUAGCUUCAGUGGACUCCCUGUUCCCAGCACGAUACAAGGUGAGCUUCACCUAAUUUCUGAAGUACCUUACCACUUACAAUAUCCUUCUCAACUCCAGAUGAGAUCAACCGUUCCCGGCGAGCGCUGA